UGUGGUGUGUCAAUUGUGGACUUCAACAGCUUGAGAGCCUUGAGCAAAACGUGGCAGCAUCCCACAAAUCUUAAAUCCCAUGCAAUACGAUGUUGUCGGAUGGAACUGGAAGCAAGCAGCAAGCAAACGAUUAAUGAAGAAGAAGACGAAUCAGCAAGAACUGGAACUGAGUGUUUUUUUGUGUGGAGACGUUGAGACUUUGAGAGAGAAUUCAAUUGCUGCAUUUUCACAAACACCACCAAGGUAACAACCAGCUACAGAUAAUCAACCCUAACCAGAGCAAUGGAUCCUUACUUCGAACAGAGACUCAGAGAUGAAGUCAUCUACCUCCACUCUCUCUGGCACCAAGGCCCCCCCACCUCCUCUAACCCUAACACUAACCCUACAACUAACAACCCCAACCCCAAUUCAUAUCCCAAUCCCACCAACACGUCAAACAGGAAGAGAAACAGAAAGGCAAGAAAUGAAAGAGAAAGGCCCAACAAGAAGAAGCCCUCGCAACCCGACCCGCCUCCACAUUCGGGCCGUCCUUGGCCCUGCCCGACCCCGACCCAUGACUCCACUCCCGGUGCAUCAUUACCGUGGCCCACGAAGCCCAAUUCGGCUCCGGCAACCCACCGUCCAUCGCCAGAAGAACAAGCGAAACUCGCCGCGCUGAAACUACAGCACAAUGCCUUGGACGCUUGCCGUGGAUUAUUUUUGGGCAAUGCCGGGUCGGACAGCGAGGAAUCUGAAUCCGAAUAUGAGGAGGACGAGAGUGGAGAUGGAGAUGACUAUUGGGUUGAGGGUGGUGAGAGUGAAGUGUACAAGGUGUUGUUGAAUGUGUUCGUGGAGAAGAGUGAGCUGAGGAGUUACUAUGAGGUGAAUUAUGAGAAUGGGGAGUUCUAUUGCUUGGUGUGUGGUGGGUUGGGAAAGAACAAGUGGGUGAAGGGCUGUAUUGGCCUUGUUCAGCAUUCGAUUUCGAUAUCCAACACGAAGAAGAAGCGGGCUCAUAGGGCUUUUGCGCAGGUGGUUUGUAGGGUUUUGGGUUGGGAUUUUAACCGGCUCCCCACAAUUGUGCUCAAAGGUAAAAGGCUUGGUCUUUCGAUGGAAAAGCCCGGCCAGGAACGAGGUGAAACUGAGGUAAAUGCUGGUUCCUCUGAGGGUGUUUCGGUUGUUGUUGAAGAUAAUGUGGCAGCUGAAAAUGAUGCUAAUGCUGAAUACGGUGAAAAAGAGACAUUCGAUGAUCAUCAGAAUAAGGGUAAACAACUAAUGAUUUGUGAGAACUCUCUGAAAUAUGAUGGUACAAAUGAAAGCACAGAAAGGACUGAAAAGGGUAUAUCAGAAACCGGAACAAACAAAGAAGCAGUGGAUACUUCUGGAAUUGAUCAAUCACUGGUCUCAAAGAUUGAAUGGCCAUGUAAAGAGUCCAGUGUUUCCUCGUCAACAGUGUUAGGUUGGCCAACCUUUAGUUCUCACUCGGCAUCUGCAACAUGCUCCAUUCCGGUGGAAGAACAAGCAAGGCCUGCUACAUUAUUGUUACAGCAGAAAGCCUUAAAAGAAUGCCAGGAUUUCUUUGCUGGCUACAGUGGUGAAGAUAUCAGCGAAGAUGAGGAUGAAGGAGAUUUGAUGGAUGAAGAUAGGUCUGACGAAAGUGAAGAAUUAAAGUUCUUUUCAAAGAUAUUUACAGAUCAUGGCGAGUUAAGGAGUUUUUAUGUCAAUAAUUACGAAGAUGGGGAAUUUUACUGCUUGGUUUGUGGUGGGGUAGGGAAGAAGGUAUGGAAGAGGUUUAAAGGUUGUGUGGCGCUUCUUCAGCACUCCACUGCCAUAUUAAAGACUAAGAAGGUGGCUCACAGGGCUUAUGGCCAGGUUAUUUUUAAGGUCCUUGGUUUGGAUAUUGGUCAGCCUCCAACCGUUGGGUCUAAAGAUAUACCUCUUGAUGAUGGACCUUUGGCAAAGUCAGACAAUUUGCAGGGUGAACUGGAGGAAAAUGCUGAUGAUCACAAGGAUAAUGUUGUUGUUCCAAAGGAAAACUUGGACUCUGUGAGUGAUCAUAUUGGUGAAACAGUUUCAAAGCAGGAAUCUGUGAGUGAUCAUGUUGUUCAGAGUACUGGAACAUCAAAGACAUGUGAGUUGCAGGGUGAAGUGGAGGAAAAUGCUGAUGAUCACAAGGAUAUUGCUGCUGUUUUGAAGAAAAACUUGGACUCUAUGAGUAAUCAUAGUGGUGAAAUAGUUUCAAGGGAGGAAUCUGAUGUUGUCCCGAGUAAUGGAGCAUCAAAGACAUGCGAGCAGCGGGAAAACUUAGACUCUAUGAGUGGUCAUGGUGGUGAAAUAGUUUCGAAGGAGGAAUCUGAUGUUGUCCAGAGUAAUGGAGCAUCAAAGACAUGCAAGCUGCAGGGUGAAUUGGAGGAAAAUGGUGAUGAUCACAAGGCUAAUGCUGUCGUUUUGAAGGAAAGUUUGGGCUCUAUGAGUGGUCAUAAUGGUGAAAUAGUUUCAACAGAGGAAUCUGAUGUUGUUCAGAGUGAUGGAACAUCAAAGACAAGUGAGUUGCAGGGUAAGACUCAGAAAAAUGCAGGUGGUCCCAACGAAGAUUUGAACGUCUUUAUGGAAAUUUAGACCCUUUGUGAACAGUGAUAAUAUUGACCGAGUUUCAGGUGACUUUUUCAUGUUUGUGAUAUAUACUUUGCGUCAUAGUAUUACAAUGCUUUUAUGGAACCUUGCAUGACAAGCCUGAGAGAACUGAGCCUGGUCACAAUCAAGAUUCGGGUAUAUCAUUGAAGAAAAGAAGGGAAUGUGAAGUCAUACUUUUAAGUUGCGAUAAGUACUGUAUAGAUAGAGUUCUACUCUUCCAAAGAAGGACAAGCAUCAUUGGAAAGAGUAAAUCUUUAAUGAAAUUCUAUCUCGGCACUGAUGUAUUCUGUAUAUUUUUUCUCAAGAGUAUUGUUACUAUUAAGAAUAAAUUAAUAUUGUAGUUUCUUUUAGUAAAGCAUUAGCUAGGUGACUCUUCAAUUCAUAACUUGAAUAUGUACGCUACAAUGUGAAGAACCAAUUAGAGUAAAAUUAAGAUUUAGUGCCGACGGUAGCAUUUGCAAAA